UUUUUUUUUCCUUUUAAAUUAGAAGAGGUAUUAUUAUAUAAUCAAAUAAUACACCACACGGUGGAAAAUAUCAAAUACACGCAGGCUGAGAAUCUCUACAUCACACAAAAAUAAAAAAUAAAAUAAUUGAUAACCACACACUAUCGGAACCACUACCUAUACAAAAAUGAGAAAACUCUACAUGUGCAAUCUCAUAAAGGAGAAAUCUUAGUUUGUUGACCUAGCUCAACUCAAGCUUAGUGAAAUCCGUGUGACCUAGCUUAGAUUUACACGGAUUUCACUAUCUAUACAAUUGAAAAAAUUACUCGCAUGCAGGUGAAAUUGAAUCUAAUAUUUCUCAUAAAGAAGAGUCUUUAAAUCCCUCAACUUUACAAUUUGAACUAGGUCUCGUUGACGAAAUGGAGACAAAUCUAAAGAGCAGUAUUUUCUUGUAUCCAUUGCGAAACAAAAAAUAGAGAUAAAUUUUAAUUUUAUUGGAAUUUAAAUUUUUAGUAAUAGUAUUUCCUAUAUCUCCAUCUCUUUCAAAACAGUGGCGAAUAGGUUCCCUCCCUCUCUCCGAAUCUCAAUUCUCAACCUCCAAUUUUGCUUUGUUUCUUCAUUACCAGAAUCUCCCUCUUUCCAUACCAUCGUUGAAUUUCACCCCAAUUUUCUUCCCAGAAAACACGCACAGCACACACUGAUAUCUGCCCAUGCUUCUUCCCCUUCCAUUCUCUCUCCUCUGAGAAAUUCCUAGAGAGAUGAUGGGCGUGAUCAGCAGCCGAUGCUCCCACACUUCCCACAUCACCGAGAUCAUCAUAACCAGCUUCUUCCGCCACAAAAUUGAUAUUUUACUUAUUUAGCAAGCUCUCGUGGGAGCUUUAGAUUGUUGGAAUACUUCUCGGAGAGUAUAAUGCCACAGAUUCGAUUAGCAAUCCCUAAUUUGGCUGAUUGUUGAAAUAGUUUCUUCGAGAAUAUCAAUAUUUACUGUACUAAUUUGAGUGUGAAGGUAUUGGAUAACUGGAUAUGGCAGGUUCCGCGGCGGUCUACGGCGGUGGUGAUGCCCCAAAUCAAGCGAAGAAACGCAAGUUCAAUCAGCCUCUUGAUUCGAUUGCUGCAGAAUCUUCGCUAGGCUCGAAUACAAUGCUCAACUUUGGAGCUGUUGGUGGUGUGAAAAGAUCAAGAAACAUGUUAUUUUCAUCUUUAGAUCAAGAAGAGUUUGGAGAAGAAUACUUGGAUGAGUAUUUUAAUCAACAAGAAAAGAAGAGGCGCCUUACUGCCGACCAAGUCCAGUUUCUCGAGAGGAGUUUCGAAGCAGACAAUAAACUCGAGCCAGAAAGGAAGGUUCAGCUUGCUAAUGAGCUCGGGUUGAAGCCUCGACAGAUUGCAGUGUGGUUCCAGAAUCGCAGGGCACGCUGGAAGACAAAGCAGCUGGAAACAGAUUAUGAAACAUUUCAUGCAAGAUAUGAGACCCUGAAAUCCGACUAUGAUAAUCUUGUGAAGGAGAAUGAUAAAUUGAAGGCGGAGGUUCUUCGUCUCAAACAAAACGACGUUGGUGGAGAUGCAGAGAAAGUAAACUUACAUUUGCUCGACAACAAAGGACUGCCCAAAGCAAUGCCUAGAGAAGCCAAUGCGCGUGUGAUUUCUGAAGAUGAAGAAUCCAAUGGGUCGGUCUUCGCUUUCAAGAAUGAGGAACAGAGCUCAGCGAAGAGUGAAGCGAGUAAUGUAGGCAGUCCAAGGUUGACUGAUGGGAUUCACUCUCCUCUCUUGGAAUCGGGUAUUACGUCUCAUGCAUUUGAUCGCGACUACUCAGAUUCGUCGCAGAUUGGAGAAGACAACUUACAUGAAGAGCCUGAUUAUGUCUUUCCUCUUAGUUCCUUUUACUAUGAUGGGUUUCCAGUUGCAGAUCAUGCCUUCAACUUCUGGUGAAUGGUGAUAUUGAAUUCUACGGCUCUGUGUAUGCAUUUCUCAUUCCGAUUACUUGUUUAUCAUUUUAAUCAUGAUAAGUAGAUUAUUGCGAAAGUUUGUUUGUACUCUCCUUGUGAGCUCUACUGUCUUGAGCUUUGUUGUCUGAAAGUUUCGAAUUAUAGAGCAAUAAAAGGUAUUGUAAAUCAGCCAGUGGCAUAGUUGAACGAUCAUUGUUGCUUUCUUUCAAAUGUUCUAUUCUAUUUUACUGGAAUAAAUGGGGAGAUUUUGUUUU